ACGGACCAGUCCCCCGGCGGGGUUGCCGUGGAGACCGAGCGAGCUUUGUGGAUGCCGAGGCGCGCUGAGGCCGGGCCUUCUGCUGUUUGUCUGCAGAGGGGAUUCAUAGGACUGACGCCAAGAUGAUGCUUUCAAGGGCCAAACCUGCUGUAGGCAGGGACCUACCGCAUACUGACAAAAGAAAGAAGAAAGGUAGGAAGAUUCCAAAACUAGAGGAGCUACUUUCACAAAGAGAUUUCACUGGAGCUAUUACCCUGUUGGAGUUCAAACGUCAUGUUGGGGAACAAGAAGAGGACACUAAUUUGUGGAUUGGAUAUUGUGCUUUUCAUCUGGGUGACUACAAGAGAGCUUUGGAGGAAUAUGAAAAUGCAACAAAAGAGGAAAAUUGCAAUCCUGAAGUCUGGGUGAACCUAGCCUGUACCUACUUUUUUCUUGGAAUGUAUAAACAAGCUGAAGCAGCUGGAUUUAAAGCUCCAAAAAGCCGACUUCAAAACCGCCUGCUCUUCCACUUGGCUCACAAGUUUAAUGAUGAGAAGAAAUUGAUGAACUUUCAUCAGAAUCUUCAGGAUAUCACAGAAGAUCAACUCAGUUUGGCCUCAAUCCACUAUAUGCGAUCUCACUACCAAGAAGCUAUUGAUAUUUAUAAGCGAAUACUGCUAGAUAACAGGGAGUACCUUGCCCUCAAUGUUUAUGUGGCCCUGUGUUACUACAAGCUGGAUUACUACGAUGUGUCUCAAGAAGUUCUGGCUGUUUACCUUCAGCAAAUUCCUGAUAGUACCAUCGCACUCAAUCUUAAGGCCUGUAAUCAUUUUCGCCUUUACAAUGGCAAAGCUGCUGAGGCAGAACUCAAAAGCUUGAUGGACAACGCUUCUUCUUCCUUUGAAUUUGCUAAAGAGCUCAUCAGGCACAAUCUGGUUGUUUUCCGAGGAGGUGAAGGGGCUUUGCAGGUUUUGCCUCCCCUGGUUGAUGUCAUUCCUGAAGCUAGGCUAAACUUAGUGAUUUACUACCUUCGUCAAGAUGAUGUACAAGAAGCUUAUAACUUAAUUAAGGAUCUGGAACCUACUACUCCUCAGGAGUAUAUCCUCAAAGGUGUGGUCAAUGCAGCCCUUGGCCAGGAAAUGGGUUCGAAGGAUCAUAUGAAAAUUGCCCAGCAGUUCUUCCAGUUGGUGGGAGGAUCAGCUAGUGAAUGUGAUACAAUACCAGGCAGGCAGUGCAUGGCUUCCUGUUUCUUCCUGCUUAAGCAAUUUGAUGAUGUCUUGAUUUACCUCAACUCAUUUAAGAGUUACUUCUAUAAUGAUGACAUCUUUAACUUUAAUUAUGCCCAAGCCAAAGCUGCAACUGGCAAUACCAGUGAGGGUGAAGAGAUUUUCCUUUUAAUCCAAAGUGAGAAGAUGAAAAACGACUACAUUUACCUCAGUUGGUUAGCUCGGUGCUACAUUAUGAAUAAGAAACCAAGACUAGCCUGGGAACUUUAUCUCAAGAUGGAAACCUCUGGCGAGUCCUUUAGCCUCUUACAGCUCAUUGCUAAUGACUGCUACAAGAUGGGCCAGUUUUACUAUUCAGCCAAAGCAUUUGAUGUCUUAGAGAGGCUGGAUCCCAACCCUGAAUAUUGGGAAGGCAAGAGGGGUGCCUGUGUAGGCAUAUUCCAGAUGAUCUUAGCUGGGAGAGAACCCAAAGAGACCCUUCGAGAAGUGCUCCAUUUACUGAGAAGCACGGGUAACACCCAAGUAGAGUACAUCAUCCGGAUCAUGAAGAAAUGGGCCAAAGAAAACAGAGUGCCUGUCUAAAAUAGCUCCAGAGUCCUAAGGAACCAGUCACCACAUUGACAUGAAAUUGGAAGUCAUUUUCCGCAAGUUUAUGUAAGAUGCGGGGCUCUGUUUUGUUGACACUUCCUUCCUUGCUCUGCGAGCCUCAAGAUCAGUGACUGGCUUGCUUAGACCGAGCCUCCUGGCUGAACUAAGAACCAUAAUUUGUGCUGCGGCUUCUGUACGACCCGACGAGCAAUAAGACUUUGGGCUUGUCUGGUGCCUUUCUUCUAGAAAUACUCAGCGUCCUCUUAUGUGAUUUACUGACUUCAAGGAGAAUGGCGUAACUUUUUUUACAUAUUAGCAUUCCAUGGCAUUUUCUCCAAGCUGCAAUAACAAAUGCCUUUAAUGCUCAAAGGUCACCAUCAUUCUGUCAUCUUAAUUUUAGCCAUCUAUGUACAUUGUCCUGUUUUACUGGGGAAUACCAUAAAAAGUUUAAUAGUGCAUCUCUGAAUCUUGGGAGAGCAGAGGUUAUAAAUAGCUACAUGAUUCUAAGAAUGGCAGUAAGAUCCUUUAUCAGACUGUCCAGUCAUUAAUAGAUAAUAGGCUUGUGGGGAUUACUCUUUCAGUAGUUGAAUUCUUUGAUGAUAAUAACACAGUUGCAGUGGAGUAACCUGAAUAUUGCAGUUUUUUUAAAGGUGAGUACUAUGAAAAAAAUCUGUGUGGUACAUUUGAAGAUAUUCAGGAAACAGUAUACAAAUCUCAUCAGGCACUUCCCCAUUGUAAUUUAGGUAACAUAACAGGUUAGGUUUUUUUCUUCAUAUAUCCUGCUGAAUAAACAUCAAUUUUUGAAAGUAGGGCUACAAAGAUUAUUUUAUUUAUUAAUGUAAUGUUAAUAGAAUAUGGAUCACGUAGAGCCCUUUGAGGGAUUUCCUAAUGGCUGGACUCUUUGUCCUAAGUCGUAUCCUAGCCCAAUGUUUCUGAGCUCUCGCAAUAUAAACCCAUUAUACAACUGAGCAUUUUUAGGCUCACGACCUAUUUUCAGAAGAUAGACCUACAUGUUUUAUGUACCAGAUUACCUUUGUUUCUAUAUUACGUAACUUUUUCCUGUUAGUUUAAGGUACCAGUGUUACAGGUAUAGAAAGUGCAGAGCCAUCCCUAUCCAGCAUGGGAACUGAAAGUCAUAAUUCCUUGAAGCACUAAAGAAGAAUAGUGUCAGUUUUUCCACCUAUACCCCCAGCAUCCACUGUGGAUGAAGAAUUUAUAUAGAAUGGAGAUGGGAACAUGGCAGGAGUCAGAGCAGCUAAGGAAAGAAGGUCUGUGAUGGCAGAGAGCCUUUGCCUUCUGGACAGUUGCAAGGGGUUCUUCCAGCUCUGCUCAGGAAGAUGACCAGUUUUCCAGUCUUUUAUUUAGACCCAAAUCUAAUCAGUUCAGAGCACAAAUCAAAAUAAACUGACCUGAAAAACUGAAUUUUAGAAAACAAAGAUUAUAUCAUUUUUCAUAUGCCAAAGCUUCUGUUCCUUAUGUUGUUGUUUCUGUUUUUUCAAUAAUCGGUUCUCAGUAUCUAAGUUACAAGGUGGGUCAGAUCUGGACAGAACCUGCUAUAAUCUUUAGAAUCCUUGUGAUUCUUACUUACCUCACUUAAAAUAUUAGGAAACAUAAUAGUAGAAAAAGACACAUGAAACUUUUCAGUGGUUCUUUGCAAUGAAAUUUGUCUUCCAGUUAAUUGCUAUUAUUUUCAAAUUUCCUAUACUUGGAAAACUUUCCACUGAUGGUGAUUUACUUUUAAAUGAGCUCUUGUUGAGCUUAACACUCUGGCUUCUCCCUGCCAUUUUCCUGUCUUUUGGGGAAAAAAAGAUAUUCCAAAAAGAGCUAUUCCCAGAAUUUUAGAUAAACUUUUUAAAAAGUUUUUAAUCUGUAGAAUUGAGACCAAAAAAAAAAAACAAACCAAAACCCAUAAAGACUAGUGUAAGAGAGAUACUAUCCAAUUCUGUUACUAAGGAUAGCUACUUCUGAAACAUCUUGGCGGGCCUCAAGAUUGCAGAGUAGUGUUGCAUGGAGACGGGGAGGUCCAGGCUUAGGAUGUAGUGUAAUGUGUGCAGUUCAUAGCAUCAGUGUACUCUUUUAUAAUCUGUAGCAGAUAUUACUUGCAAAUGGAAAAAAUUUUUUAAAUUAUUUUUGUACUUCAAAAGAAUUAUUAUAUUCCACUGUAACAUAUUCAAAUUAAAGCUUAUUAUUUGGUUAUUU